GGGGCCAUUUUAUUCUCUGAGAUUAGCAGGGAGUAGUCUACUACUCAGUCAGGAGGCCAGUUGGGAAGACAAAAUAGGCACCCCAAACUCAGCAACUUCAUAGCACCUUCCUCUCCCCCUGAAGCCUUAAACUGUGUCAAGUCAAAGAAACCUGGGGCAAAUCCUUAUCAUGUUUUUGACUGCAGUAAAUCCACAGCCACUCUCUACUCCAGGCUGGCAGAUUGAGACCAAGUACUCAACGAAAGUGCUCACUGGAAAUUGGGUGGAAGAGAGGAGAAAGUUCACCAGAGACACUGACAAGACACCCCAAUCCAUUUACGGAAAAGAAUACAUCCCUUUCCCAGACCACAGACCGGACCAGAUCUCCAGGUGGUACGGGAAAAGGAAAGUUGAGGGGCUCCCCUACAAACACCUGAUCACCCACCACCAGGAACCCCCACAUCGCUACCUGAUCAGCACCUAUGACGACCAUUACAACCGGCAUGGUUACAAUCCGGGGCUGCCUCCGCUCCGCACCUGGAAUGGACAGAAGUUGCUGUGGCUGCCAGAGAAGUCUGACUUCCCCCUUCUUGCUCCCCCUACAAACUAUGGACUCUAUGAACAACUUAAGCAGAGAUGGCUCGCACCCAAGGCUGGCCUGAAGCAGAGCACGUACACUUCAUCCUACCCCAGACCACCGUCGUGCGCUAUGUCCUGCAGGGAAUAUGCGAUUCCGGUCCCUCCCCAUCGCCUGCAUCCUGUCCCACACUUCUGAGAGCUGCCACCCCAGUAGCAGCUCAGAUAGAACCAACUGGAGACCCACAGCAUCCCUGGACUUGCCAGACAACAAACGGCUGCAGAUAAACUCAGAGUACAGUAUCUGGCCUGUCAAGGAUGCCCUCAGAAUAAUCAUCUGCAUUUGGCGGUACCUGUCCCCUCCUCAAAUCCCACAGGUUCCUUUCUUUCCAUCCCACAAUUAAAGCUCUUUGACAC